CCACGGGCCGCGAGCAGCGCUGAGAGGGCACUAUGAGCGGGGGCGUCUACGGCGGAGAUGAGGUGGGGGCGCUGGUCUUUGACAUUGGCUCCUUCUCAGUCCGCGCUGGGUACGCUGGGGAGGACUGCCCCAAGGCUGACUUCCCCACCACAGUGGGGCUGCUGGCCGCGGAGGAGGGGGGCGGGCUGGAGUUGGAGGGGGAGAAGGAGAAGAAAGGGAAGAUCUUUCACAUCGACACCAAUGCCCUCCACGUGCCUCGGGAUGGAGCGGAGGUCAUGUCACCCCUCAAGAAUGGCAUGAUCGAGGACUGGGAGUGCUUCCGUGCGAUCCUGGAUCACACCUACAGCAAACACGUCAAGUCUGAGCCAAAUCUGCACCCAGUGCUCAUGUCCGAGGCCCCGUGGAACACACGGGCCAAGCGGGAGAAGCUGACGGAGCUGAUGUUCGAGCAGUACAACAUUCCUGCCUUCUUCUUGUGCAAGACAGCUGUGCUUACUGCCUUUGCAAAUGGACGCUCCACAGGUCUGGUGCUGGACAGUGGGGCCACCCACACCACAGCCAUUCCAGUGCACGAUGGCUACGUCCUGCAGCAAGGCAUUGUCAAGUCACCCCUGGCAGGGGACUUCAUCUCCAUGCAGUGCCGAGAGCUCUUCCAGGAAAUGGCAAUUGACAUCAUCCCGCCUUACAUGAUCGCAGCCAAGGAGCCCGUACGGGAGGGCGCCCCCCCAAACUGGAAGAAGAAGGAGAAGUUACCCCAGGUUUCCAAGUCCUGGCAUAACUACAUGUGCAACGAGGUGAUCCAGGACUUCCAGGCCUCCGUGCUGCAGGUCUCAGACUCUCCCUAUGAUGAGCAGGUGGCCGCGCAGAUGCCCACGGUGCACUACGAGAUGCCCAAUGGCUACAACACAGACUACGGUGCAGAGAGGCUCCGCAUCCCUGAGGGCCUGUUCGAUCCUUCCAACGUCAAGGGCCUUUCGGGGAACACCAUGUUAGGUGUGGGCCACGUGGUGACCACCAGCAUCGGCAUGUGCGACAUUGACAUUCGCCCGGGCCUGUACGGCAGUGUCAUUGUCACUGGUGGGAACACGCUGCUCCAGGGCUUCACGGACAGGCUCAAUCGAGAGCUUUCCCAGAAGACUCCACCGAGCAUGAGACUGAAGCUCAUCGCCAGCAACAGCACCAUGGAGCGCAAGUUCAGCCCCUGGAUCGGGGGCUCCAUCCUGGCCUCACUGGGCACUUUCCAGCAAAUGUGGAUCUCCAAGCAGGAAUAUGAGGAGGGCGGGAAGCAGUGUGUGGAGCGGAAGUGCCCCUGAGGGCGCCCGCUCCCCGUCCACAGGCCCGCCUGCAGCGGUGGGGGAGGAACGCGAAAGGAAGGAGAUGGUUUCCCCCACCUCUGCUCCGCCAGCGCAGAUCGAAGCCCCCAAUGCUCCCAGCGCCCGCAUUUCUUCCCUUCCCCACUCGUCCUCUUAGAUUGUGAUGUUUCUGGGUUGAAAGGAGUAAAAAUGUUUUAAGAAAAAAAAAAAA